AUGAAGCGUUCGAGCGUUGCCGAGCGGCAGCGGGGCAGGGCAUUCAAGUUGAAACAGUUAGAUGAAGCUGCAGCACGUGAGAAAGCAGAGCAGCGGCAAAAGCUGCAGAGGCGUGUGGAGAGGCGGGCGCUGGAGCACAAGGUGCUACUCGAAACAAUUCAGCUUGAAAAGGAGCUAGAAGCAAGGCGUUGUCGCCUCUGCGACCUGCUGCGUGCUGAGGCCUGGGGCCUGGGCCAUGCCAACUGGACCGAGCGCAAAUGCAGCCGCUGCUGGUUGCAGCAUGCGGACGAGCUAGCAAGGCAACGCCACAGCGUCCCUGCCACCGCUCGCUCGGGCUCCUCUACAAGAAGGGCCCAGAGCCGCCCUAUCGCCGGAACACCCGAGCCCCGUAGGCUCGACCCUCCAUCUAGGGACAGGCCUCUCUCUGCAGCGCGGACAGCGGCCGACGGCGGCAGCGGAGACGGGGUUCGGAAAGGGGAGGGCGACCGAGGGGGACUAACCACCUCCCUGGAGGACCUGUUCGGCGGUGUGACACCAGAUCGUGUGGACGACCUAAUGGCGGCGCUGCGAGCACGGGAUGCCGGUCGCCUGGUACAGCUGCUGGACGAAAGCGCCCUCGCGCGGCACUUCCAUCUGCAGGGGGGACCUUCGGGCAGCUCCCCACCCGCCACCGCCCACCAGCGAGACGUCCAUCUGGCGCCGCCGCCAGACUCACCGUACGACGGAUGUUACUACUAUCAUGAUGCCGUACUGAGACAGCUGGACGCAGCGACCAGUUCAGCCACCGCCGGCGCGGGGCCCGACAUGGGGCCAUCACCAGCUGGCGGCCGCACCAGGGGCCAUCACACGGCGAAGGAUGCGGCGGAAGCAGCAGGCUCGGAAACCAACGACGACGACGACGAUGACGACGGCGAUGGCAUGGAGGCCUCUCAGCUCAUAUCGCCCCUCACCCGCCAGCGUAAGGAAGAAGUAACUCAGCGUCAGCCUUCAGCAACUCAGCUCUUAGCCGCGGGGGCGGCCGCGGAAGGAGGCGGCCUCGGUGGCAGCGGCUCCGUGCUCGAGGAGAGCCAGGUCAGCGCACCGGCCUCAGAGCUGAGUUUUGCUUUAGGAGGGCGAGGCGUCGUGGAGGAGUAUACGACAGCUGCCCAGCGGCCAGAAGAGCGUGUGCACGGCUCCGAGUCCGCACGUGGGCGAGGGGUUGCGGUGAAGGUGGCGGGGUAUCGGCCGGAGCUUAGACCGCUGCCCAGCAAGCCGCGGAGGGUGCCUGUCGACGAGGCCGAGCUGGAGGAGGCGCUCCGCGAGGCGGAAAGGGUGGUGGUGUUCGGCGGCACACAGCGCCAUCGCAGCGAGGCUCUCUUCUACAGCCACCAGCUGCGCACCGCCCUGGCGGACCUGAGGAUGCUCCGACGUAAGGCCCGCAAGGCGGAAGCGGUGCACCGACAUGGGUUGCGACUGGACACCCGGGACGAGGCGGGUGUGCACCGGAUCAUCCGGGAGGGCCGCCGGGAGGAGUUCCCCUCCCCCACCACGCUACGCCGCCUGACCCAGCCAGACAGCUUCUACACGGACCCGCCUCGCCGCGCCCCCAGGUGGCUGGACCACAUACACCCGAAGAAACCCGACCCAGCCAGAGCCAUAGAUCCGGUGGCCUGGAGGCCGCCCUCCGCCAGGCCGCCACCACCCCAUCACACACCCGGGCUGCAGUCGGCGGGUGACUGGAUGGAGUACCGCUACGACUGGGACCUGGCUCGCAUUCGUUCCAUGAAGGUGGAGGACUAUCGCUCGGUACUGCGCAGGGAGAGGGCGUUUCGGAGCGCCUGGGCGGAGAUGCAGGUGCUGUCAGGUUUGGAGCGGCCGGGGAAGCAAGAGCACGGGGCUCAGGAUGCUACAAAUGCCAGCGACGGUAUCCAUCUCCCGGCUGCGUGA